AUGACAAGGUUGCUGAAGCAAUCAAAGAUUUGGGAGAAAGAGGACGAGCCAAAGCAAUCUGAGAAUGUGGAAGAAAAGGGGGUUGCUUCGAUAGAAGAUGGUACGGUUGCUGAAGCAAUUAAAGAUUUGCGGAAAAUGGAAGAGCCAAAGCAAUCUGAGAAUGUGGAAGAAAAGGGAGUUGCUACGGUUGCUGGAGCAAUUAAAGAAUUGGAGAAAGUGGAUGCUCCUAAGGGUGAGAGUUCUUCAUUGCCAUCUGAUGGAACUGAAAAGGAAAUCAGCAAGGGAAGUGAGAAAGUUGGGCGUUCAUCAUCAUCAUCAUCUGAUGGAAAAGGUGGAGAAUCUUCUUUGAUGAAUGAGGAAAAAGGAUUAUUUUCUGAUCUGAAGGAGCAUGAGAAAAAGGCAUUGACAGAGCUCAGAUUGAAGAUUGAAGAGGCCAUUUUGAAGAACAGGUUGUUCAAGGGGAAGAACGAAGAGAAAGAAGUCCAGAAGGAGAAGCCGGGUAAAGAAAAUGAUGGAUCUAUAAAAGAUGGAGAAAAGAGAGAGUUUAAGGUCAAUGAUGCCUUUGAGAUGUUGAAGAACACUCUCAAAUGGAGGAAGGAAAAUAAGAUUGAUUCAAUCAUGGAGGAAGAUUUUGGGAAUGGUUAUGAUAAGAUGGCCUACACGAGGGGACUGGAUCGCGAAGGCCAUAUGGUAUGCUACAAUGUUUAUGGUGUACUUGCAAAUGAUGAAGUAUACGACAUGACCACUGGAACGGAAGCCACCCGUGGGAGAUUCCUGAGAUGGAGGUUUCAAUUAAUGGAGCAGCAGCUUCAGAAGCUUGAUUUCAAGCCCAGUGGCAUCUCCUCAUUGCUCCAAAUUAAUGAUCUCAAGAACACCGCAGGACCUUCAAGGAAGGAUCUCUGGCUUGCCACCAAAAAGGGUGUGGGGAUUCUGCAGGAUAAUUAUCCUGAAUUUGUUGCAAGAAAUAUCUUUAUCAAUGUACCUUCCUGGUAUUAUGCCUUCAAUGCGCUCUUAUCGCCUUUCUUAACACAAAGGACCAAGAGCAAGUUCGUCUUUAGUCGUCCUGCCAGGGUUACUGAAACACUUCUCAAGUAUAUUAGUGUGGAGGAAAUUCCUGUUCACCAUGGAGGUCUCAGAAAAGAGAACGAUCCUGAUUUUUCGAUCGAAGAUGCUGCUUCUGAGAUCACCGUCAAGCCUGGAGUAACUGAAACUAUUGAGAUUCCUGCACCAGAGGUUGGAAAUACAUUGAUGUGGGACCUGACUAUAGUAGGUUGGGAUGUGAAUUACAAAGAGGAGAUUGUUCCAACAGAUGAAAGGUCUUAUACCGUAAUCGUGAAGAAGGGAAAAAAGAUAACUUGGCAAGAAGAUUCCCUUCGCAAUUCAUUUAGAAACAACGAACCUGGCAAGGUUGUCAUCACAGUUGAGAAUGGAAUUUACAAAAAGAAGCGAUACAAGACCGUGAAUACUUCUGAUGUUUCUUGA